AUGAAGCCAGCACCCUUCGCAGGCACCCUUCCCUGGCACUCUUCCUCAGGCACUCUUCCCCAGGCACUCUUCCCCAGGCGCUCUUCCCCAGGCACCCUUCGUAGGCACUCUUCCCCAGGCGCUUAUCCCCAGGCACCCUUCCCAGGCACCCUACGCAGGCACUCUUCCCCAGGCACCAACACAGGCAUUCUUCCCCAGGCACCCUUCGCAGGGACUCUUCUCAGGCUCAUUCUAGGCACCCUUCCCAGGCACUCUUCCCCAGGCACCCUUCGCAGGCACCCUUCCCUGGCACUCUUCCUCAGGCACUCUUCCCCAGGCGCUCUUCCCCAGGCACCCUUCGUAGGCACUCUUCCCCAGGCGCUUAUCCCCAGGCACCCUUCCCAGGCACCCUACGCAGGCACUCUUCCCCAGGCACCAACACAGGCACCCUUCGCAGGCACUCUUCUCAGGCUCAUUCUAGGCACCCUUCCCAGGCACUCUUCGCAGGCACUCUUCCCCAGGCACCCUUCGCAGGCACUCUUCCCCAGGCACUCUUCCCCAGGCACCCUUCCUAGGCACUCUUCCCCAGGCACCCUUCGCAGGCACUCUUCCCCAGGCACUCUUCCCCAGGCAUUCUUCCCCAGGCACUCUUCUCAGGCUCAUUCUAGGCACCCUUCCCAGGCACUCUUCCCCAGGCACUCUUCCCCAGGCACUCUUCCCCAGGCACCCUUCCCCAGGCACCCUUCCCAGGCACUCUUCCCCAGGCACUCUUCCCCAGGCACCCUUCCCAGGCACUCUUCCCCAGGCACGCUUCGCAGGUACUCUUUCCCAGACACCCUUCCCAGGCACUCUUCCCCAGGCACCCUUCCCAGGCACUCUUCCCCAGGCACUCUUCCCCAGGCACCCUUGCAUCCUUCCCAGGCACACUUCCCCAGGCACUCUUCCCAGGCACUCUUACCCAGGCACUCUUCCCCAGACACUCUUCCAUUGGCACUCUUCCCCAGGCACUCUUCCCCAGGCACUCUUCCCCAGACACUCUUCCUCAGGCACUCUUCCCCAGGCACUCUUCCCCAGGCACUCUUCCCCAGGCACUCUUCCCCAGGAACUCUUCCCCAAGCACCCUUGCACCCUUCCCAGGCACCCUUUCCAGGCACUCUUCCCAGGCACUCUUCCCCAGGCACCCUUCCCCAGGCACCCUUCCCAGGCACUCUUCCCCAGGCACUCUUCCCGUGGCGCUCUUCCCCAGGCACUCUUUCCCAGGCAAUCUUACCCAGGCACUCUUCCCCAGGCACUCUUUCCCAGGCUCUCUUCCCCAGGCACUCUUUCCCAGGCACCCUUCCCAGGCACUCUUCCCCAGGCACUCUAUCCCUGGCACUCUUUCCCAGGCUCUCUUCCCCAGGCACUCUUCCCCAGGCACCCUUCCCAGGCACUCUUCCCCAGGCACUCUUCCUCAGGCACUCUUCCCCAGGCAAUCUUCCCCAGGCACUCUUUCCCAGACACCCUUGCACCCUUCCCAGGCACUCUUCCCCAGGCACUCUUCCCCAGGCACCCUUCCCAGGCACUCUUCCCCAGGCACUCUUCCUCAGGCACUCUUCCCCAGGCAAUCUUCCCCAGGCACUCUUUCCCAGACACCCUUCCCAGGCACUCUUCCCCAGGCACACACGCAGAAUUGCGUAUAUUGCGUCUAAACUAGAUACGGUAGUGGGAUUUACUUGUCAGGAGGAUCAAAAGGGGUUUUCGAGGAAGAAGCGCCUGCCACUGAUGCCUCUCCGUCUCACACUCCCACACGGCCUCAAAAUGCCCUGUUUAGGGCUUGUUGCGAAGGCGGCCGACCGUUCUUCAGCGCGGGAUUUCAGGACAACCCCGCGUCUGGACAUAACUAAGUCUAACAGGCCUGGCGUGGCGGCGAGGGCUGGACACACGCCUGACCCAACAUGCCUGGAAUUCCACGCCCAAUUGAGCAAGUUCUGGCGCUGA